CAUAUUGUUGAACGGUAUCGGUAGUUAUUUUGAUUGAGAAUUGGCAGUAGUCCGAGUGGCACGGGAGAGACAGAGCGCGAUAGUGUUUAUCAUGAUAUUAAAUAUUGUUAUCAAAGAUUUCAGUAUGUGUCCAGUGUCCUGACCGAGAGAUGGCCCAGAAAUCCUGGAUCACGCCCUUCAAGAAACAAUGUUUCGUGUCGAUGGGCGUGUCGAUCAACAUGUCGGCCCACGGGCUGACCAUGGGCUUCGCAGCCAUACUCCUGCCGCAGCUGCGCAGACCAGACUCCGCAAUACCCAUCGAUGAUGCUUCCGGGUCCUGGAUUGCGUCGAUCCUGGGAUUUGCAUUAGUCGCCGGUAACUUCAUAGUUCCAACGAUCAUGGCGAAGUUCGGGAGAAAAACUGCCAAUUUGGCCAGCCUGGCACCCAUGCUGGUCGGCUGGUUUGCCAUAAUCACCGCCAACAGCAUCACGGCUCUACUGAUAGCGAGGUUCCUUCAAGGCAUAGCGAUGGGCAUGAGUUCGUCCCUCGGACCCGUUCUGAUUGGAGAGUACAGCAGUCCGAAGAACAGAGGAGCCUUCUUAACUGUGAUAUCAUUGUCGAUAGCCACAGGAGUACUUACGGUGCACACCGUCGGCUCCUACUUUAGCUGGCAAACGACGGCUUUGGUCUGCGCCUUCAUCAUGUUCUUCGAUCUUCUCAUAGUGAUCUACUCCCCAGAAUCCCCGAGCUGGCUGGCCGACCAGGGAAGAUACGACGAGGCCAGAAAAGUCUUCUAUUGGCUGCGCGGGGACAGUGAAAACGACGAGCUGGACCGGAUGAUAGAGACGAGCAAGCUGAUCAGGGAAGCCAAGGAGGACGCCGGAGUGACUGACACGUUUGGCAAGAAGAUUCGCAGCAACCUCGCCUACUUCAACACCACAAUCAGGAAGAAGGAGUUCUACAAACCUAUAUUUAUUAUGAUACAUAUUUACACCCUGGGACAGUGGGCUGGAGCCAACCUGUUGGCUGCUUACACCCUGGAUAUCUUUACCCAUGUUAUCGGGUCCGACGCCAACAUCUCUCUCCUGGUCAUCACCUUGGAUAUCCAGAGGAUCAUCUCCAAUUCUUUAGCAGUGUAUGUGAUUAAGAAGGUCAAACGCAGAACUAUGCUGUUCUCGACUGUCGGAAUCAAUAUUUUCGCGUUUUUAGCGACAGCUGCUUACACCUACAUGAAGGCACAUAACAUGUUGCCGUACGAUCAUCCUUUCAUCGGAAUUCUAUUGGUCCACAUUCACAUGUUCUCAAUAGCCACAGGCACUGUGCCUUUGCCGUUUAUAAUCGCCGGGGAAGUGUUCCCAUUGGAGUACAGAAGUCUUGCCGGUGGUUUCAGCGUGCUGUCUCUCUCUGCUAAUCUUUUUAUUACCGUGAAAACUGUUCCGUUCCUGUUCAAAAACGUCGGGAUACACGGAGCGUAUGUUCUAUACGCCUGCGUGGUUGGCUACUGUUUGGCCAUCGCAUGGUUCUUCCUGCCUGAAACGAAAGACAGAACGCUGCAAGAGAUAGAAGAUGAGUUCAGAGGGAAGCCCCUAACUGCCGAGGAAUUGAAGUCGACCCAGUCAUUGAAGUCGAGGAAAUAUUCGAACGCCGACAGAAGAUGUAGUGCUCCAGUGAUAUAAGCCUGAAACAUACGAAUAUUUUGUGAUAUUAUAAUUAGAUAUUAUUAUUUAAAACAAUCAAUUGUUAACGGAAUACAGUUGUAAGACUGCACAGAAAAUUUAACUUAGGUAGGUACUUACUAUGUACUUUUCCACGUAAAUUGCGUCCUUAACUGUUAUUUAUUUAGCUAUUUAAGUUAGGCUACUGUAUUUGAUGAGAAAAUAUAUUACUGUUAGA